CGUUUGUCUUGGUGAAAACCCACCAGCCCCUCUGCGCUCUAAACUCCUGGAUGUUGCGAAGAUAAGAUCAGCAGGAAGGAUGGCCCUCUUCAGGUUCUGCGUGUGGUCGGUUCUCCCCUUCGUGGCUCUUUCUUCCGGACCGGAUCUCUGUGGGUUUCAGGAAAGCAGCAGCUCAUACAGCACGUCGUCGUUGCUGGAAUCCUUACAAUGCUACAACGACUACAGGUCCCAGGUGCUCUGCAUGUGGGAGAAACAGAGAAACUGCACUCUGCAGCUGUGGAUCAGGGCAGAUGACCGCAGUGAGUUGUGCGUUCCUUUUAACCCUGCAGCAGACAGUGGAACUGCGCACUGCAGAUACAAGACUCGUCUGCUCACAAUCGGCAUCAGCCACACCGUCUUCUUCCUCAACAAUGAGACGAAGAGCCUCUGCUCAUCUGCCCAACAUAAGUUUGAGCAUGUUGCUCUGAGCUUGAGAGCUCGCCCACCUUUAAAUCUGUCAUCGUCUGAGGAAGAUGACGGAGGCCGAAGGCUGCAAUGGUCCAGCCCGUAUCCUCUUUCAUCUCUGAACCAGAACCUGACGUAUCAGCUCAGCUACAGGACUCAGACUGAGGACAGCUGGACUUCUGAGAAUGUCACGAACACCAGUGUGAGACUUGAGAAGGAAAUGUUGCUUCCAGGCCGCAGAUACGAAGCCAGGGUCAGAACCCGGGCCAGUCUGGGCCGAUGGAGUGAAUGGAGUCCGGUGGUGACAUGGCGGACUAAAGAUGAUUUUGGUCAUGUUCCUCCUCUGGACUGUGUUCUGGAUGGAGAGAAGUCUGUGACGUGCAGCUGGGAAGUGAGCACAGAGCUGGCUCACCUUGUUACCUACCAGCUGAUGUGCCGGCCCAAACACUCGGCACAGCCCGAGAGAUGCUGCAGAGACCCAGCUGUGAGUUCUGACUCCAGUGGGACAGCUGUGAGGUUCAGCUGCUYGCUGACUGUCGCAGACCCCGAACAUCUGCAACUGAGCCUCCGACCGGCACACAAUGCCAAGGUCUUCGAAGUCCACCAAUGCAUUCAACCCGACCCUCCACUGAACGUAACCGUGAGAGAAAAAGACAAUAACUGGUUGGUGGAGUGGACCAAACCGGCUUCAAAAAUCAAACUUUUUUAUCAGGUCUCUUAUUACAGGAGACUGGAUCAGAGAUCUUCCGACCUGCUGAACAUUUCAGAGAGUACGUCUUUCAGCAUCCCRGCCACAUCCCUCGCUUCUCUCCAGGACUACCAGGUCAAAGUCAGGUCGCUGGUCGUCCCGGGACAAGGCUCCCACUACAAAGGAAUCCCCUCGGAAUGGACCGAGCCGAAGGACUGGACCUCUAAUGAAGCCACCUGGUCGCUCUCCAAACUGAUCUACAUCUUCACUGGUGCUUCAUCUGCUGCAGUUUUACUCAUUCUGUACCACAUCAUUCCAGCUUGUCAGAGGAAAGUAAUACUGUGGGAGAAUUCGGUUCCGUCUCCAGGUAAAAGCAAGCUCCUGUCUGAGAUUGAGUCGGCCCCCUCCCUGACCCUCAUGGAGAGCGAGAAGACUUUCAUCUGCAAAGUGCAGCACCUUGACAGUGUAUCAACAUGCUCCCCAGAAGCUUUACUGUGGUCAGACAAAGACACUGAAACAAAGUGUGACAGUGGAUGCUGGAACCGUGACAUCCCGUCCUCUCCGGUGGAGAAGGUCAACGGUUGUGACACGUCAUCGAUGAGCUUCAGCGGGCCGUACAUCUUCUGUCAGGUACCAGUUCCUGUAUUUGCAUCGGAGACAGUCCAGAUUGAAGAGACAGAAAAAGAAAUCCCCUCAGAUGUCCAUCAGUCGUCUUUUCCGGUGUCGUCCCCUCUUUAUGGUAAAGACUAUGUGUGCCUUCCAAACAGUACUGUCUCAAGGUCCACAGAGGACAUGACGUGUCACAGUGACAACAACUCAAGCCAACAAGACCAUGAUGGUGCUGAGCAGAAUCCAUACUUUGUUGAUACCUCACCGUGGCCCACGGUUUCAGUCGACCGGUCCAGCCUCAUUGAGCCUGUGGUCUGUCCUUCAGAUUACACCUCAGAACCGUUCCCCUCCUGGCCUCAGGUGGGCGCUGUUCAGGCCUCAGGAUACUGCCACCUCCCCCCAGGCUUCAUGGCAGCAGAUAAAUAAGCAGCAGCUUCCAAAAGACUCAGAACUGCUAAACACAUACAGUCUUUUUUUAAUAAGCUUUCCACUUUAUUCCAUGCUGCUUUUGCUGCCUGCGACAAAAAAAAGGUCUAUUACAUGGUUUAAUAUUUUGGGUAACUCUAUUGUUUUGAAAUUUUUUGUACCAAAGAUCACUGAGCAGUGCUUAAGACUGAAGUGUAACUUUGUCUGAAACAUGUUUUGCAAAACAUCUGGGUUUUGGUUCCUGUUUCUUUUUUUUUUCACCUGUUCUUUCAUCGACCUGAAGCAAAAAUGCAUCCUGGACAAUCUGGAGCUCUAUCACAGACACACAGACAACAAAUACGCUUAUACUUAAAAUAAACUCAAAUUUACCAGGAGUUUAAAGUGUGCAGAGUUGGAACAUCUGGAGAAAAUCUGCAGAAACAAAAGAAGAAACUCCACACAUCUUCUGUUCAAGAGCUUUGUCGUUUCAGCCAUGAAAUCAUCUUUGUGGAACAUUUAAUGAACCGAAUGUACUCAGAUAAAGCUGUU